AUGUCUACCCAUAAGACAGCGAUUGCAUGGAUUGAUCUCAAGUACUCAAUCUCAGGUAUAUUGAGACAAAAUAAGACGUUAUUGGACAGAGUUAAUGGAUCAGUUGAUUUCGGCUCAUUGACGGCCCUAAUGGGACCGUCUGGUGCGGGAAAGACUACACUAUUAAGGUGUCUAAAUGGUAAACAUAAAUCAGGUCUUUCCAGUGACAGCAAGAUUUACGUUUCCGGUAAACAACAAUUAUUGUUAUCACAUGUGAUGGACACUCGUGUUAUUGACUGUAGUGGUGGCGAACAAAAACGGGUAACAAUUGCUUUAGAGAUGACAUCUCUGGUAAAGCCUAACUUGUUAUGCAUUGAUGAACCGACAACUGGUUUGGACAGUGAAGCCGCGGAAACUAUUAUGAGAAGUCUUAAGUCAUUAUCACAGUUACAUAACAUUGCAAUCAUAGCCAGCAUUCAUCAGCCAAACAACGAAAUUGUCCAAAUGUUUGAUAAGCUUUAUGUACUGAGUAUUGGUGGUCAUUGUAUUUUUUCGGGACAACCCAAACAACUACAACCUGUGCUCAUGCAAUGCGGUAUCGAAGAAAUUUUGACCGAUAGACGGGAAGAUCAAACAGCCAUCGAGUUAUUGCUUAAUAUAUCGUCGAUUAAUGAAAACAACGAUUGUAUACAACGUUUAAUUCAAAAUCAAAAUAUCGGUGCCAAACGCCAUGUGCUUAACACUGCCGCCGACCAUCUUGUUUAUAGUCCCCAUGGAAUUGAUAUUAAGACUAAACGCUUCACAUUUGCAGACUUGUGGCACCUAAUGAUGCGGUCGAUGCUCUAUACAUAUAUGAGUCAAUGGAAACCUCUUUUACUUCAAUCAGUCUUUUAUAUAUUAACGGCACUCAUAACGAGUCAGUUGUUCAGCAGUGGUAUCGGUCGUACAGAUGGCUGUUACGAUAGUCUAUGGGAUGUCAAUAGUAGUUGCUUUCGGACACUGGAAUCGGACGAAUUGCUUCAUCAAAAUAUUAAGUUUAUAUUUCUUAAUUCAGUUAUCAUUAUGUUUAUGCCACUAACCAUCACAUCGUUAGCAUUUUCAUCAGAAAUUCAUAUAUUUCUUAAUGAACACCAAAACAGUAAGUUUAUUGAAAACUAG